CAGACAGUUUUUGUAGUUUUUUUAGGAUUGUUUUGUAGAAAAUCACAGCAAUGAUGGUAAUAUAUGCUAUAGUUGCUGGGAUCAGGAGGAUCUGAAGGGGGUUUAUAGCUGCCCUCAGUGCAGACACUCCUUCACUCCAAGGCCCAUUUUAGGUAAAAACACCAUGCUGGCUGAAGUGGUGGAGAAACUGAAGAAGACGAAGCUCCACACUGCUUCUCCUGCUGGACCUGGAGAUGGAAUGUGACGUCUCAAAUCCUGCCUGGUAUGUCUGGCCUCUUACUGUGAAACUCACCUCCAGCCUCAUUAUCAGUCUCCUGCCUUUAAGAAGCACAAGCUGGUCAAAGCCUCCAGACGCCUGCAGGAGCAGAUCUGCUCUGAGCAUGAGAAACUGCUGGAGGUUUACUGUCGCACUGACCAGCAGUGUAUCUGCAUGCUGUGUACCAUGGAUGACCACAGAGGGCAUGAUACAGUAUCAGCUGCAGCAGAACGAGCUGAGAAACAGAAUUUCUGUAAAAUGGCAGAGGGCGGUCUCUCAGUGGAUCAGUUCAGCUGUCCAGUUUGUCUGGAGCUACUGAAGGAUCCAGUGACCAUUCCAUGUGGACACAGUUUCUGUAAGGUGUGUAUUAAUGGCUGCUGGGAUCAGGAUGAUCUGAAGGGGGUUUAUAGCUGCCCUCAGUGCAGACGCUCCUUCACUCAGAGGCCUGUUGUGGGUAAAAACACCAUGCUGGCUGAAGUGGUGGAGAAACUGAAGAAGACGGAGCUCCACACUGCUUCUCCUGCUGGACCUGGAGAUGUGGAGUGUGAUUUCUGCACUGGGAGAAAACUCAAAGCCCUCAAAUCCUGCCUGGUGUGUCUGGCCUCUUACUGUGAAACUCAUCUCCAGCCUCAUUAUCAGUCUCCUGCCUUUAAGAAGCACAAGCUGGUCAAAGCCUCCAGACGCCUCCAGGAGCAGAUCUGCUCUGAGCAUGAGAAAUGGCUGGAGGUUUACUGUCGCACUGACCAGCAGUGUAUCUGCAUGCUGUGUACCAAGGAUGACCACAGAGGGCAUGAUACAGUAUCAGCUGCAGCAGAACGAGCUGAGAAACAGAAGCAGUUGGUGGAGACUCAGAGGGAAUACCAGCAGAAAAUUCAGGAGAGAGAGAAGAAGCUUCAGGAGCUGAAAAACACGGUGGAGUAUCACAAGAGCUCUGCUCAGGCAGCACUGAAGGACACUGAGAGGAUCUUUACUGAGCUGAUCUGCUACAUUGAGAGAAAACGCUCUGAGCUAUCAGAGCUGAUCAGAGCUCAGGAGGAGGCUGCAGUGAGAGGAGCUGAAGGAGUCCUGGAGAGACUGGAGCAGGAGAUUGCUGAGCUGAGGAGGAGAAACACUGAGCUGGAGCAGCUCUCACUCACUGAGGACCACAUCCAUUUCCUCCAGAGUUUCCAGUCUCUCUCGGCUCCUCCUGUAUCUGCAGUCUUACCCUCCAUCACUGCCCGUCCUGUCCACUCUUUUGAGAAGGUCAUAAAGUCUGUGUCUCAGCUGAGGAACAAAGUGGUAAAUCUCUGUGAAGACGAGAUCAGAAACUCAUCACUUUGUGUGAAAGAAAUCCAGAUCAUUUGCCUUCCUGAACCCCAAACCAGAGAGGAGUUUCUACACUAUGCCUGUGAGCUCACACUGGAUCCAAACACAGCGAACCAAUACCUCCGUCUCUCUGAAAGGAACAGAGUGGUGACCUGGAGUACCAUAGACCAGCCGUAUCCUGACCAUCCAGAUAGAUUUGAAAGUCAUUCUCAGGUUCUGUGUAGAGAGAGUGUGAGUGGACGCUGUUACUGGGAGGUUAAGUGGAGUGGGAGUGGGGGGGGUUGUAUAGCAGUGUCAUAUAAAAACAUUAGAAGAAAGGGAAACAGUAUUGAGUGUGCAUUUGGACUUAAUGAACGGUCUUGGAGAUUACACUGUUCUCCCUCUGGUUACUCAUUCAUGCACAACAAUGAAAAGACUGAAAUCCCUGCAGUGCCCAGCUCCUGUAGAAUAGGAGUGUAUGUGGAUCACAGUGCAGGAACUCUGUCCUUCUACAGCGUCUCUGCUAAAAUGACCCUCAUCCAUAGAGUCCACACCACAUUCACUCACAGCAUCUACCCUGGGUUUACAGUUUUUCUGGAAUCAUCAGUUAAACUGUGCAGUUCAAAUCAGUAGAUGAUUAAAUGCUCUCCACCGCACUGUAAAUAAUUUCUGUAGUUUCUACAAUAUGGUAAUGUGUUCAAUCUAGUAUGGUACUUGUUAUACAGCAUCCUGUAUUAAAUUCUGGGAAAAUAUUUACAGUACAAACAGAUUGUACUGUAUCAAACAUGUUAUUGUAUGGCUACUAUAAUAUUACAGUAACAAUAUUGUAUUACUACAUCAAAACAUACCAUAUCAUUGGCUUGACUCUAAAACCAGCCAACCCAACGUACUUUUCUGUAGCAGUAAUAUGAUUAGAUAUCUGAUUUCAGCUACCUGUGGGAUUGAGUCUCUAUGGGAUUUCUAUCGUAAUGUUAACGCUGAGCUAACACUGGUAUAUAUUUACUUUCCCAUGUUGAGUUUAAUACUGUACAGCCUCAGCUUAAACACUGACUUUUGGAGCUACAUGUAACAUUUUUGUUGCAGUUUGUCAGUAAAUUCUUUAGUACAUACUUCACAUCAAAGCUAAUGUUUUUAGAAAGCCUGUUAGCCUGUUAGCUUUUAAAACUAUAGAUAUUUGUAGUUUCUGUCAAACUAAUAUGAAACAUUUUUUUGUUAAAAUUCAUUAAUUAGGAUUUGUGGCUCUUUACACUUUUAAGAUACAGUUUACCUGCAGUUUAAAAACUUCAGUUUUAACUCUUUCACAUACAUACUAUUCAAAAAGAGGAUAUUGUUGAUUAAUAUACUGCUGUAAAUAUUUCUCCUGUAUAAUAAAGAUUUGUACUACAUUUAAUAGUACAGUGCAAUAUGUCAUUACUGUAAACACGCAUUACAAUAUGAGAGUUGUAAAUAUUAAUUACAGUAGUUAUGUGCUACAUGCCAAUUAGUUACAGUAAAUUUACUGUAGUAAUUUAGUAAUUUUGUUGCUACUGUGGCUGUUUAUCUGAGAAAAGACAUAUAACAGUUUAACAGUAAUUAACUAUAGUAUAAAGAUCAUAAACUAAUAAUGGGGGAUUUCAUAAAAUCAUAAAAGAAAGUUGCCACUUUCUUCAGACACAUUCUGAAUGUCUGUACAAGUUUGCUGCUACAUGAUGCAUCGCAGUCUCAAUCUGCUAGUAGUAAUAAUUCACACACUACACACACAGGCAUUGAUAUGAUUAUCACAUUUGCUGGGUAUGACCACUUGAGCAAGGGCAGCAGAACUAACCAUCAUUUUAACAAGCUCUCUGAGUGACUAAGCACUGUGUCAGUCAUUGGUCAGGAUACCCCUGACUUACACUAACCCUUCACUAAAACUUGUCACUAAACAACGAUUGACCAAUCGUAGCUUAGCAACUACACAAGCACAGGUAUGCUUUCAAAACAUUACAUAAUGUGUGAGGAAUAAAUCAGAAACCCAAUUUCUCAAGAGUUUUGAGAGGGCAGUGAACCUUUACCCAUUUCCUAAACUGAGCACACAAUAAGAGAGAUGUAGGACGUGGAUUGAACAGUGUGAAACACCACAUUACCAAUUAAACCUGAGAAAAAAAUCAUUGGCUAGCUGUUGAAGUCUUUCUGGUUAACUCACUAGAUUUAGUGUCAUAUGUUUCUGGGCUGCCAUCUUUUACAUUUUUGUUAAAAUAAAAGUCCACCAUGUUUCUUCAACAGUAUUUCUUAGUAUUACAAGUAAAUAUAUUGUUUUCUAUUUUAUAUGCUUACCGUAUGCCUGUAAUGGGACAGAAACAGUCAGACGCUCGCAGAUAGAACGAGCAAAAGAAGAUUUACUAGUCCAUUCGUUAGCCAAAGCCGUUGUCAAAGAACAGGCAAUGGUCAAAUCCAGCAUAAAAUAAAAUACAAAAAUAGGCAAACAUGACAACCAGAGUCAGGCAACCAAAUCCAGAAGGGAGCAACCAGAAGACAAAAAACAAAAAAAGAGUCAAAAAACAGAGAUUACAGGUCAGAACCGGAAUGGAAAACAAACACAUGAGAAAUAACACUUAGUAGCUAUAGAAAGAAGUAAUACCUCACAAAUAACUAUGGCUAACUAACUAGAUCAUAUGAUACAGAGAACAGGUGAACAGAGUCUGUAAUCUGGAAAAUCAGAACGUUGAUAGGUGGAUUGAUAUUAUUUUUUCCACUCAAAUCUCUUAAUAAUUCAGUGGUUGAGACAUAAACAGUCAUUCAGAGUGGUUUGGUGUGAAAUGUUUUUUAAAAAACAAAUUUUAAAAAAAUUGUGCAAAUGCCUUUUAAGUAAAAAACAAUAUUGUAGGUUUUUUCUCUACUCUCCUUCACUUUCAAGUAAACUGCCAUCGCCAGUCCACAGUGAUCAUAAUCAGUGAGCAGCAGUAGGAAAUUUUAAGAGUGUUUAAAUUUCAUUGGUAGGUUGUUUUGAGAAGAGACAUGAAAAUGCAUGAGAAAUGUCAA